UUCAUUCACUGAAGUGUGAGAUUCCUCCCAGACAGCAGGGGGCGCUGUUCGUGAGCCUGCUCGGGUCUGCCAGUUGAACAGACAGCUAGCCUGCUAGCAAACAACAACAGAAGACCCCGGACAACUAGCUUUAUAAUUCAACCUAACACAAAGGGGGCAAACUGCUUCCAUCUGGCGUGUACGGAUGCAGAUGGAUGUCGGGACUGAACACUGACGAGUGGAAGUGACAGAUUCCUCCUCCUCACCCUCUUGCCCCCCAACACCUUCUGUCACGCUGGCAAUGUCAAGAGUCCCGAGUCCCCCUCCCCCUGCGGAAAUGUCCAGCGGGCCUGUGGCCGAGAGCUGGUGUUACACACAGAUCAAAGUGGUGAAGUUCUCGUACAUGUGGACCAUCAACAACUUUAGCUUCUGUCGUGAGGAGAUGGGUGAGGUCAUCAAGAGCUCCACCUUCUCUUCUGGGGCCAAUGACAAACUGAAAUGGUGUUUGCGAGUGAAUCCUAAAGGCCUGGAUGAGGAGAGCAAAGACUACCUGUCUCUCUACCUGCUGCUGGUCAGCUGUCCGAAGGCCGAGGUGCGCGCCAAGUUCAAGUUCUCCAUCCUCAACGCCAAGGGAGAGGAGACCAAAGCCAUGGAAAGCCAGAGGGCAUAUCGUUUCGUCCAGGGGAAGGACUGGGGCUUUAAGAAGUUCAUCCGGAGAGACUUCCUGCUAGAUGAGGCUAAUGGUCUUCUACCUGAUGACAAGCUCACACUCUUCUGUGAGGUGAGUGUGGUGCAGGACUCAGUCAACAUAUCUGGGCAGAACACCAUGAACAUGGUGAAGGUGCCAGACUGUCGACUAGCAGACGAGCUGGGGGGCCUUUGGGAGAACUCCCGCUUCACAGACUGUUCCCUGUGUGUGGCCGGCCAGGAGUUUCAGGCCCACAAAGCCAUCCUGGCAGCACGUUCCCCCGUAUUCAGCGCCAUGUUUGAGCACGAGAUGGAGGAGAGCAAAAAGAACCGUGUGGAGAUCAACGACGUGGAGCCGGAGGUUUUCAAAGAGAUGAUGUGCUUCAUUUACACAGACAAGGCUCCAAACCUGGACAAGAUGGCUGAUGACUUGCUGGCAGCUGCUGACAAGUAUGCUCUGGAGAGACUGAAGGUCAUGUGCGAGGACGCUCUCUGCACCAGCCUGUCUGUGGAAAACGCUGCUGAGAUCCUCAUCCUGGCUGACCUGCACAGUGCCGACCAGCUCAAAACGCAGGCUGUUGACUUCAUCAACUACCAUGCAGCAGAGGUGAUGGAGACAGCAGGCUGGAAGUCCAUGGUGGCGUCUCAUCCUCACCUGGUGGCCGAAGCUUACCGCUCCCUGGCUUCAGCCCAGUGCCCUUUCCUCGGACCCCCGCGGAAGCGCCUCAAACAAUCCUAACAGCCUGGCAGCAAGGCGUCUUCACUCAUGCAUUGCACACACAUGCUCACACAAACACAAUAACACACAGAUCCCCCUUCCCCCCCGCAAACACACAGGGACAACUUUUCCCCUCGCUGUUACCUACUACACUACCUAAAGCCUCCCCUGAAUCUCCCCCUUCUGCCCCAUCCAAUCCUGCUGUAUUCUAGUCUCUUCUAAAGAUGGAGGGAAGAAGAAGAAGGAGGAGGAGGAGGAGGUGGAGGUAGAAGAGAGGGGCAGGUGGGCUCGUGAAAUGGAUGUUUGUCGUUUACAAAGUAACCGCGGCACCCCCUCCCCCCUUUCUCCUCAGCUCUGGCUUAGUGAUGUCUGACAUCGUGCUCUUUUCCAUGUGUGAAGUGAAAUCCUUCGACAUCCUGUUAGUUCCUACUUUGGAAUCCGUUCGGAAGGAAGAAACUGGACACAACAACCCAAAAAAAGAGCUAAAUGUCUGGAAAAUUUGGAGACUUAAAGGACAAAUACAAAUUAAGUCUUUAACUAUUUUAUCAUAAGGCUUCUUUUUGCUCUGUUCUUAGCGUUUGGAGUAGAGCUGUCAGAGAAGCCCCCAAACACAUGGGCCUGUGAGGGACUAGAGAAGAAGAAGAAGAAGAAGAAGAAGAAGUGGGCUUCUUAGUUACAAACUAGAAGCCCCUUCCCCCACCCUCCGAGUAAGACAACCAAGGGCUAGUUUAAAAAAAAAAAAAAAAAAGGCAGAUAUGGGACAAAAUCAUUAAAUAAUUCUCCCAAAGAAAGUUGGGAAAACAUUGCACUAAAGUCACAGGUCACCCGUCGGCAACCCUUACCAGCAGUAAGUAGAAAUACUGUAGGCAAGCACAUACUGAAGCAAGCUUCAUGGACCCAGCUGGACCAGAACAAGUUCCCUUUAAGAAGAUUUAUCAACAAGUGACAAAAACAACACAUGUACUCCCGUGUUAGAACUCUGCUUCAUCUGCGUCCGUUUUUCAUUUUUCAAAAAUUGCCGGGUACAGAAACAGAACAGAGGAUACAGAAAAUAGCAGCCACAACUGGAUGUCAUUCUGGGGGAAGAUGGUGUGGAUCUGUCUUCGUAGCCCUUGAGAGAAAAUACAUUUCCAAAGUGUCGACGGACAACCCAACCAGGCGACGACAAGCGGAGGAGGAAAAAAAUGUUUCAAAACGACAUUAAGAUUAAAUCAGGCAUGUUAAUGUUCUUUUAUGAUGAAUUUCUUAUUAGUUUUUUUUUUCCUCAGAACUGUCAUUUCUAUUUUUUUCAUAGGAAUUUGUACAGACACCAGUGUUUUUGAAGCUGUGUAAAAACUAAAGCAUUUUCGACCGUGAAAUUGAAAACAAAAGAGGACAGAUGUUUCCUUGCAGGCAUGAAGACUGAGGGGAAAUGAAAUCGAAAUGAACACGUUUUAAUGUUCAGAAUAGACAGAAUGUGAAAAAAUGCACACCGAGGCAAACACAUGAAAUACAUUUGAAGUUAUCAUUUGAACCUGGUGGAAAAUGGUAAUUGAUAGAAGGAACCAUUGUUUCUUUCCUGUAGAUAUCGCCGGUUAUGAGAAGUGACACUUAGUUGUUGCCAUUUUUUGUUCCCAAAAGAAUAAACCACAACUAUUUUGUAUUGAAUGCAA